AUGGUUGUACUUUGUGUUCGUCUUGUUGGUGAAGAGAAGGAUCGGUUGUUCGCAGGCAUUGAAUUCGAUACCGAGAUUUCGUUCGUUGACUUAAAAAAGGAGCUUGAGACUAUAACGCAAAUUCCUGCCCGAUUUCUAGAAAUCCAGUUUCAAGGUGAUUGUUUACCCGUUGUGGAACAUCCCCUCCGAGAUGUACAAUUUGGUCAAGAAUUAAUUGUCAAACACACAUCCCUUCUUCAAUGGCAGAAUUACUUAACGAUAGUACAAAAGUUUCGUGAAGCCAAAGAAAAUCGUUCAAGGCAGGAAAGAGCUGUUGAAGCUAAUGAGCAAGCGAAACAACUAUACGAUGUGAAGUUUUUCUCUGCUUAUGCGACAUUCUAUUCCGGUUUGCUUCGUAUGCGAGAGGAGUAUGCCGUUUUUCUGGACAAUAUUCCCGAUUUUAUCAAAGAAGCAGCCAAAACGUACUUCACGCGCAAGUUUUACGAUAAAUUGAUCGAUGUCGAUUUCAAGGAUAAGCCCUCUGGUAGUCGGUCUGGUGCUAUGUGUAUUGUUAGUUUUGAUGCAUACCGUCGCGUGUUUUACAUUAAAACGAAUCACAACGCUUCUAGUAUUUCAUUUACUCACCGUGGGCCAUUAAACAUGAUCGAAUUGUUCUUAUACAAACUUUUGGAGGAAAUGAAUAUUGGAGCCGUGAUUGAUUUCAUCCCAAAUCUGGUUUCAUCGAGCAAAAUCGUAUACAUUUGUAGCGAAGAGGUUCCUGGAUUCAGAACUUUGGCAAUGCUUGAGAAAGAAUGGGAUAAUUUUGAACGUAAAAUUGUCAAGCAGAAAGAAGAAAUUUCGAAAGCCAUUAUCCAGAUAUCUUUGCUGGCUCAAAUUCUCGGUUUGGAUGAUCUUAACGCCGAAAACAUUGGAUUCAUCGAAAACACUUUUUCCUUAUAUAUUGUGGAUUUUCGAACAGGAUUUAUUGAUAGCUCGAUUGGGUUCGAAGAUAUCAAUCGUCCAAAAACCACGUUGAGUUUGGUCGCUCAGCUGCGGAUGAAUUUAGGACGCUUUUUGGAGUUGGUUAAGGGAAAAACGUACGAGGAACAGCUCAGAAUUGUAAAGGAGUUUAUAGUUCAAUCUGGAAUCAGUUUGAAGUUGGAUGUAGCACUUGCAAAGCUGAACGAAGAUAAGGAAGUCUUCCGUCGAACAGAUUUAUUAUUUAACAAAGGAACAGAGGCUCUGAACGAAUAUAUCAAUAUUGUUCGAGAAAAGAUAAUUCAAAUACAUAAUUUAUGA